AACAGAAGGUUGGUCUGGUGAUUUGUUUCCCAGAAAAAGGAAGGCUAAAUCUCAGUAUGAUAGAUUUAUUCCAAAUAAUACAAAUGGCCAGCAAUUCCUGCACAAAAAUAUCAGGACUGGAAAGGACCUGAAUAGUCCUGAACAAGAAUAUCAAAAGGAAUUGGCAUGUGCAUGUGGAUUGGCAAUUGAUAAGAAUAUAUUGGAAUUUAAGGUUGAACAGCAUCAACCCAAUGAUCAUUGUCAAAACAUUGAUCAAUUAAACCAAAUUUACAAUUGUCAAUCAGAGUCAUCAUAUAUCAAAAAACGUAUAAUACCAACAAGCCCUGAAUAUACACUUGAUGUACUAGGAGUGAUUGAUGACUAUUAUUUAAAUAUAUUGGAUUGGAGUAACCAAAAUAUAGUGGCAGUUGGAAUAGAUAAAAGAGUUUAUUUGUGGGAUAUAAUAACUGAUGAGUUGUCAGCAAUUACUAUAAUUAGAAGUGGUACUAAUACUAUUUCUAGUCUUUCAUGGUCUGAAGAUG